GAAAAGUACACCCAGACCUCAUAACUUUGCAGAAAGUAGCAACGUAGCUCUCUUGGAAAGGUCAUGAUCUUCUUAUCAAAAUCAGUGUUGAGACAUCAAGUAAUGUGUUCUGAGGCGGUUGAGCAAACCGAUAUCGUAUCACAAAAAAAAAUUAAUUGGGCAUCUCAGUUUGGAUUUAAACAAAGUUGCGUCAGUUGGAUUUGUUUUCAUUUUCUUCUCUUUCAAAAUAUUUCCGUUUCAUAAAUUAACUUGAAAUAAACUAGAUAGCUUAUUAUUCAUGAAUUGAUUGAACUAUACACAACAGAAUUCAGUGGACUAUUCGAAUUGUGUGAAAAACUAUUGACCGGUUUGAACUCAUAGAGUAAAAGGUGUUGAGUGUGAUAGUGAUCUCCCUUGACGUCGAAGAAAAGAAAGACCAAGUGUACAUAUCGAAGUGUUAUAAGUAGAGGAUCCUAAAUGGCCGGACUGUCAUCGAAUAAAUGUUUCUGCAGAUGGGUGCUAAGACACCAGCAUAAAUUGAAGCAAAUGGUCCGAACAUGUCAUCUGAAAGUGAAGGAAGUGUAUGGUUUGGACGAGUACAGGAAUGAAGAGCCAGAUUCACAAGAAACUUUUAAAUAUAAUGAUCUAACCACCAAAUUAGCGGAACCAGAUCAGUUGAGGCUCAAACCAGAUGUAAGUGAUUUGAAAUUCGGACAAAUAUUCACAGACCAUAUGCUCAAAAUAUUUUAUCACGAACGAUUAGGAGGAUGGCAAAAACCAGUGAUUAUACCAUUCGAGAAUAUUUCUCUUCACCCAGCUGCUAAAGUGCUUCAUUAUGCAGUAGAGCUAUUCGAAGGAAUGAAAGCCUACAGAGGAGUAGAUGGUAAAAUAAGAUUGUUCAGGCCAGACCUGAAUAUGGACAGAAUGAAUGCUUCGGCACUUUGCUCAGGUUUGCCAACAUUUUAUGGUGAAGAAUUGAUAAAAUGUGUGAGAAGGUUGGUGCAAGUCGAUCAGGAGUGGGUUCCACACCAAGAAGGGGCUAGUUUAUACAUAAGACCUACGUUUAUCGGCAUUGAUGGAUCACUUGGUGUCGCACACUCUGAAUCAGCCCUUCUGUAUACGAUUCUCUGCCCUGUUGGAUCAUACUUCGAUGCCAAAGAAGAGGGUAUUUCACUACUUGCAGACCCUAGAUACACAAGAGCAUGGCCAGGUGGCUGCGGAGAUAGCAAAAUUGGAUCAAAUUAUGGUCCAACUAUCAGGGUUCAAAAGAAAGCAGCAGCAAGGGGCAGGCAACAAGUGUUAUGGCUUUAUGGCGCCGAUGAAUGCGUCACAGAAGUUGGAACAAUGAACGUUUUCGUUUUUUACAUCGACGCAAAUGGAGACAAAGUUCUAGCUACUCCACCUCUGAAUGGACUCAUUCUUCCCGGAGUAACUAGAAGGUCAAUCCUUGACUUGGGUCUUCAAUACAAGGACAUUCGUGUGGAGGAGAAAAUAUUAACAAUGAAGGAUAUAAUACGAUUGAACAAACAGAACAGGCUUCUAGAAAUGUUUGGAAGUGGCACAGCAUGCAUAAUAAGUCCAAUAUCCUCCAUUGACUAUAAGGGAGAACUCAUCCAAAUACCUACCAUGGAGCACACCUACCCAGUAUUUAGAAAAUUCCGAGACGAAUUAUAUGCAAUCCACUAUGGUCACAGAAUACAUCCAUGGGCAAUCCCGAUUGAAUAGGAUAAGUUCCUCUAUGAAUUGCUCUUGACUGUGUUAUUUUUGAUUUGUAAAUUAUUCGUAAAUUAUGUUAUUUGUUUUAUUUAUCUAGAUAAGUUUAAGUAUGUAUUUCAAUAGAUAGCAUUGUGUAAGAGGAAAAAGUGAUUAUAUUCAGUGUAUUUCUCGCAAGACGUAGAUUUUUGUAAUUUUUUAUAUGUUGUUAUGGAGAUUCUUUAUAUUCUACUCAGGAGAAUUGUCGAAACUUAUUUUAAAUUGUUUUCUGGUUUUAGGCUGCAUGAACUGAAUGAAUUUGUCUUUUCGAUUUUUAAAUAAAAUAAUUGCGACAGUU